CAUAGUUUAUUCUUUACACCCACUAGAAAUAUGUUGAUCACAAACUAAUUUUUAAUAUACACUGGGUCUGUUUCUUUGUUCUCUUCAUUACUUAUAUAUUUAUGUCUUGAUGUUUUUAUUUGUUGUUUCGUUAGAAGAGAAAUGACAUAUUUAUCAGAUCAUAUCAGGAGACAGAAUUUUUCAUCUUCUUUAUACAUGUCAGCAAAGUCUAAUUUUCUUCAUAUAGGUUGUGUUCAUUUCAUGUAUUAAUUUUUAGGGAUUACGUGUUUUAUUAUCAUUAAUGUUUUCUAUUUUUCUACCGUAUGUUCUAAUUGAUGCUUGCUAAGGAAUAGGAAUUCUUUUGAUUUUCAUUUGUUGAUCUUUUAUUGCAUUAUCUUUUUGAUUCUUGUUUUAAUUCUAAUAAUUUGUCACUGAUGCUUUUGAUUUAUCUACAAAUGUUUUGGGCUUUUUCUUCCACUCCAAUGUUUACAUUGUAUUAUUUUUCUUGUCUUAUUACAUUAGCAAUUAACCUCUAUUGUAACUUGAAUAGUAAUGACAGCAUUGGGCAUCCUUAUCUUGCUCCUGACUUUAAUGGGAAUUUUUCUAAAAUUUCACAAUUAAGUACAAUGCUUAAGUAUAUUUCUGGUAGAUAUCCUUUAUAGAGUUAUAAAAUUUUCUUCUCUUUAUAGUUUGCUAAGAGUUUUUAUAAUGAAUAAAAAUGAAGUAUAUAAAAUUUUUGGUGUAUCUAUUGAGAUAAUCAUAUGUAUUUUCUCCUUUAAUUUGUUAAUGUAGCAGAUUCCAUUAAUGAGAGUUAAAAAUUAAAUUUUAAAAGUAACAUGUGAGUACAUUUACCUUAUAAAAUGAGAGAAUUACAGGGAGUGAGGAGAUUGGGGAGAUGUUGGUCAAAGGACACAAAAUUUCAGUUAGACAGGAGGAAUAAGUUCAAAUGAUCUAAUGUACAUCAUGGUGACUAUAGUUAAUGACAAUAUAUUGUAUAUUUGAAAAUUGCUAAGAGUGGAUUUUAAGUGUUCUCACCACACAAAAAAAGAUGAGUAUGUGAGGGAAUGCAUAUGUAAAAUAAUUUGAUAUAGCCAUUCCACAAUGUAUAUCUAUACCAAAACAUCAUAUUGUACACCAUAUAGUUUUACCUGUCAAUUAAAAAUAAGGUGAUAAAAACGUAAAUACAAAAAAAGUGUAUUUAUAAAAAAUUAGAAUUACAAAUGUGUCUUGUCUUUGACUAACACCCCUAAUUCUAGUGUGCACCCCCUAAUACCAGUAACCAUUACUGUAAGUUUUAAUAACCAUAUUUAACAGAACAUAUAUACUGUUGUCUUUGUAUGUGUAUUUUGAAAUAGUACCAAAUGCAAAUUUCUUUUUCAUUCAUAAUGUAUUUUGGUAACUAUUUUUAUUGGAACAUCUAGCUGCUUUGACUCCUUUACAAAUCCUCUACAUCUUUCCAAUAUAUGCAUUACAUUCCAUUUAUUGUUAAUAAUUUUAUUUAUUCCUUCUCCAACUGGAGUACACUUAGGUUAUUUGCAGAUGUUUUUUCGUUCAUAUGUGUGUGGGUGUUUUUCUGUGGUACAUAACUUAUAUUCCUAGGUUUUUAGAACGUUUAAAAUCAUUUUUUAAAAAUUAUGGGUGGUAUUGAAUAUAAGUGUACACUUAUAAUCUUCUUAGUUUUCUAUGUAAUUUAAAAAUACUCUUAAGAUCACAAGUGUUCAAUGUGACUGCAUGCUCUAUUUAGCCCUGACUAAGGUGAAUAUAUGAUUUUUCUCUUUUAACCUGUCAUGGUGAAUUUUAGUAAUUUUCUAAUCUUGAAGUAUCUUUGCAUUCAUAUAACACUAAUUAAUCAUAUCAAUUACCUAAAAGAUAUGCUGCUGGAUUUAAUUUGCUGGUAUUUUAUAAAAGAAUUUCCCAUCUAUGUUCCUAAGUAUAACUGAACCACAGUUUUUCUUUCUUAUACUCUCCCAGUUCAGAAUUUGUGAAACGGUUUUAUAACUUUUAUAAAAUGCAUUGGAUAUCUUUCCAUCUUUUCUAAGCUCUGAAAUAAUGUAUUCAACAUAGAAAGUAUAUGUUCCUUCAGGUUCAAUAGAAUUUUUCCCUUGAGUUGUUUUUCAAAUUAAUAUUUAAUUACAUAAUCUAAGUUCUCCAUAUCUUCCCUUAUAUUUUAAAUUUGAGUUGCAUAUUUCUGAGAUAUUUAUGUCUUCUACUCUGAAAACAAAUUGUCAAAUUUGUAAAAUUUCUCAUCGUUCAUAGCGUCACCUUAGGAUAGGCCAUGUUUUUAGAUUCAUAACAGUUCAGGAGACCAUACUGUCUUCAUGGACUUUAUCCUUUAAUAUAAAAUCCUUUCUCUUUUGAUACUUUUAAUUGUAUUAAUAUUGCUAUAUUGCUUUCAUUUGGCUACCAUUUGAUCAAAUAUUUUAGCCCAGUAUUUUCAAGCUUCCUGUGUUGUAAGCGUUUGCUUAUGGUCAAUUUAUAGCUGGAUUGUCCUUUUAUUCCCAACUGUCUUUUAAAACUUGUGAGUGAAAUUAACCCAUUUACAUUUAUUGUAAAUACUGAUGUUUGGACUUUUCACAUUAAAAACAUUUUUACCAUAUGUUCUGGUUUCUUUUGCUUAUCUCGUUCCCAUUUCUGCCUUCUGUUCAGCUGGAUAGGUUUUUUCUUCUCAUUUAGCAGUCCCCUUCCUUUAAAUGGUCUGCAGAUUAUAAAUCCAAUUUAAUUCUUCUGUUACUAACUUUAAAAACUUAAAAUCACAUUCAGAAUAUGUAUAUUGAAAAUCAACAUCCAGAGUUGAUGUGCAUCUAUAAUCCCUUAUAUGUUUCCAAACAUUCUCUGAUUAUCCGUUUCCACACUUGUAAAAUGGGAGGCAUGAGUUCUUAAGGAUUAAAUGUGAUGUAAUGUCAAACACUAGCCUUUAUGAACAUAUCUUCAAUUUCUUCAUUCCAUUUCUUUUUCAUUCAAUCAAAAUACUUCAGGUCCAGAGCACACAAUCACCUCUAAACUCCUUUGUCCUUCAAAGUCACCUUCUCUUUCAUCUCUUGCAUCAUUCAUUAUGGCUUUCAACUACUUUAAAUUUCUUUGUAAGUCUCUGAAUACCUUCUCAAUCCCCCUUUGGAGAAAAAAAAAUCUCAUUAUACAUUGUAUUUAAAGGUCUCUUUUGCUCUAAAUUUAAUGAAUGUCAUUAUCCAAUAACUCUACGCCUUUCUUCUUUAUCCUUCAAAAUGGCGGACUUUAGACGUUCCACGAUCAGCACCACGUGCGCCUGCGCCUCCCGCAGCCAUUAAGCCCAGCAGCCUAAGCUCGGCGAGGCGCCUGCGCACGAGCCUCCAGAGCACUAUCGCUCCUCCCUCUAGCUGAGUACGCCUGAAACCGCACGUUCUCUUCCCUUCCCUCCCCCGCUAACCCUGCACCGCCCUCACCCUUUCCUGUGAGAUUCUUCCGCCAAGUGGAAGGCUCAUCUUUGGUCGACAGCCUACGCACUUGAAGAACAAUCCAAUAGGGAGGAGCUCUUCCUGCAGGCGUGGAAACCAUGGUGCUCACGCUCGGAGAAAGUUGGCCGGUAUUGGUGGGGAAGAGGUUUCUCAGUCUGUCCGCAGCCGACGGCAGCGAUGGCAGCCACGACAGCUGGGACGUGGAGCGCGUCGCCGAGUGGCCCUGGCUCUCCGGGACCAUUCGAGCUGUCUCCCACACCGACGUUACCAAGAAGGAUCUGAAGGUGUGUGUGGAAUUUGAUGGGGAAUCUUGGAGGAAAAGAAGAUGGAUAGAAGUCUACAGCCUUCUAAGGAGAGCAUUUUUAGUAGAACAUAAUUUGGUUUUAGCUGAACGAAAGUCACCUGAAAUUUCUGAACGAAUUGUACAGUGGCCUGCAAUAAUGUACAAACCUCUGUUGGACAAAGCUGGUUUGGGAUCCAUAACUUCUGUUCGCUUUCUGGGAGAUCAACAAAGAGUAUUUCUUUCUAAAGACCUUUUGAAGCCUAUACAGGAUGUAAACAGUCUUCGACUUUCUCUUACGGAUAAUCAGAUUGUCAGUAAAGAAUUUCAAGCUUUGAUUGUGAAGCAUUUAGAUGAAAGCCAUCUUUUAAAAGGUGACAAAAACUUAGUUGGUUCAGAAGUAAAAAUUUAUAGCUUGGACCCAUCUACUCAGUGGUUUUCAGCAACCGUUGUAAAUGGAAACCCAGCAUCAAAAACUCUUCAAGUCAACUGUGAGGAGAUUCCAGCACUGAAAAUUGUUGAUCCGUCACUGAUUCAUGUUGAAGUUGUACACGAUAACCUUGUGACAUGUGGUAAUUCUGCAAGAAUUGGAGCUGUAAAACGCAAGUCUUCUGAGAAUAAUGGAACCCUGGUUUCCAAACAAGCAAAAUCUUGCUCCGAGGCCUCUCCCAGUAUGUGUCCUGUGCAGUCUGUACCUACAACAGUUUUUAAGGAGAUACUGCUUGGCUGUACUGCAGCAACUCCACCUAGUAAGGACCCAAGACAGCAAAGUACUCCCCAGGCUGCCAACUCUCCACCUAACCUUGGAGCAAAAAUUCCUCAAGGAUGUCAUAAACAAAGUUUACCAGAGGAAAUUUCUUCCUGUCUAAAUACAAAGUCUGAAGCUCUGAGAACAAAACCAGAUGUCUGCAAAGCAGGGUUGCUCUCAAAGUCCUCUCAGAUUGGAACUGGAGACUUGAAAAUUCUGACUGAGCCAAAAGGCAACUGUACUCAGCCUAAGACAAACACUGAUCAGGAAAACAGAUUGGAGUCUGUUCCACAAGCAUUGACUGGCCUUCCUAAGGAGUGCUUACCUACAAAGGCUUCUUCUAAGGCAGAAUUGGAAAUUGCCAAUCCUCCUGAACUGCAGAAGCACCUAGAACAUGCACCUUCCUCAUCGGAUGUUUCAAAUGCACCAGAAGUGAAAGCAGGUGUCAAUAGUGAUAGCCCUAAUAACUGUUCAGGAAAAAAGGUAGAACCUUCAGCUUUAGCUUGCCGAUCACAGAAUUUAAAGGAAUCUUCAGUAAAAGUAGAUAAUGAAAGCUGUUGUACAAGAAGCAACAAUAAAAUCCAGAAUGCCCCAGCCAGGAAGUCGGUUUUGACAGACCCAGCUAAACUCAAAAAGCUGCAACAGAGUGGCGAGGCCUUCGUACAGGAUGAUUCUUGUGUGAACAUCGUGGCACAGUUGCCUAAAUGCCGAGAGUGUCGCUUGGACAGUCUCCGCAAGGAUAAGGAGCAACAGAAGGACUCACCUGUGUUUUGCCGCUUCUUUCACUUCAGGAGGUUACAAUUCAACAAACAUGGUGUGUUGCGGGUAGAAGGCUUCUUAACACCAAACAAGUAUGACAAUGAAGCAAUUGGCUUGUGGUUACCUUUAACCAAAAACGUUGUGGGGAUUGAUUUGGACACAGCAAAGUACAUCCUGGCCAACAUUGGAGACCACUUCUGUCAAAUGGUGAUUUCUGAAAAGGAAGCUAUGUCAACUAUUGAGCCACACAGACAGGUUGCUUGGAAGCGAGCUGUCAAAGGUGUUCGAGAAAUGUGUGAUGUGUGUGACACCACCAUCUUCAACCUGCACUGGGUGUGUCCUCGGUGUGGGUUUGGAGUAUGUGUGGACUGCUACCGGAUGAAGAGAAAGAAUUGCCAACAGGGUGCUGCUUACAAGACUUUCUCUUGGCUAAAAUGUGUGAAGAGUCAGAUACAUGAACCAGAGAACUUAAUGCCCACACAGAUCAUUCCUGGAAAAGCACUCUAUGACGUUGGAGACAUUGUUCAUUCUGUAAGAGCGAAAUGGGGAAUAAAGGCAAACUGCCCUUGUUCAAACAGGCAAUUCAAACUCUUUUCAAAGCCAGCCUCAAAGGAAGACCUAAAACAGACUUCUUUAGCUGGAGAAAAACCGACUCUUGGUGCAGUGCUCCAGCAGAAUCCCUCAGUGUUGGAGCCAGCAGCUGUGGGUGGGGAAGCAGCCUCCAAGCCAGCCGGCAGCAUGAAGCCUGCCUGUCCAGCCAGCACAUCUCCUCUAAACUGGCUGGCCGACCUAACCAGCGGGAAUGUCAACAAGGAAAACAAGGAAAAACAACCAACAAUGCCAAUUUUAAAGAAUGAAAUCAAAUGCCUUCCACCCCUCCCACCUUUAAGCAAAUCCAGCACAGUCCUCCAUACGUUUAACAGCACAAUUUUGACACCCGUAAGCAACAACAAUUCUGGUUUCCUCCGGAAUCUCUUGAAUUCUUCUACAGGAAAGACAGAAAAUGGACUCAAGAAUACACCAAAAAUCCUUGAUGACAUCUUUGCCUCUUUGGUGCAAAAUAAGACGACUUCUGAUUUAUCUAAGAGGCCUCAAGGACUAACCAUCAAGCCCAGCAUUCUGGGCUUUGACACUCCUCACUAUUGGCUUUGUGAUAAUCGCUUGCUGUGCUUGCAAGACCCCAACAAUAAGAGCAACUGGAAUGUGUUUAGGGAGUGCUGGAAACAAGGGCAGCCAGUGAUGGUGUCUGGAGUGCAUCAUAAAUUGAACUCUGAACUUUGGAAACCUGAAUCCUUCAGGAAAGAGUUUGGUGAGCAGGAAGUAGACCUAGUUAAUUGUAGGACCAAUGAAAUCAUCACAGGAGCCACAGUAGGAGACUUCUGGGAUGGAUUUGAAGACGUUCCAAAUCGUUUGAAAAAUGAAAAAGAACCAAUGGUGUUGAAACUUAAGGACUGGCCACCAGGAGAAGAUUUUAGAGAUAUGAUGCCUUCCAGGUUUGAUGAUCUGAUGGCCAACAUUCCACUGCCCGAGUACACAAGGCGAGAUGGCAAACUGAAUUUGGCCUCUAGGCUGCCAAACUACUUUGUUCGGCCAGAUCUGGGUCCCAAGAUGUAUAAUGCUUAUGGAUUAAUCACUCCUGAAGAUCGGAAAUAUGGAACAACAAAUCUUCACUUAGAUGUAUCUGAUGCAGCUAAUGUCAUGGUCUAUGUGGGAAUUCCCAAAGGACAGUGUGAGCAAGAAGAAGAAGUCCUUAAGACCAUCCAAGAUGGAGAUUCUGACGAACUCACAAUAAAGCGAUUUAUUGAAGGAAAAGAGAAGCCAGGAGCACUGUGGCACAUAUAUGCUGCAAAGGACACGGAGAAGAUAAGGGAAUUUCUUAAAAAGGUAUCAGAAGAGCAAGGUCAAGAAAACCCAGCAGACCACGAUCCUAUUCAUGAUCAAAGCUGGUAUUUAGACCGAUCAUUAAGAAAACGUCUUCAUCAGGAGUAUGGAGUUCAAGGCUGGGCUAUUGUACAGUUUCUUGGGGAUGUGGUGUUUAUCCCGGCAGGAGCUCCACAUCAGGUUCAUAACUUAUAUAGCUGCAUCAAAGUGGCUGAAGAUUUUGUUUCUCCAGAGCAUGUUAAACACUGCUUCUGGCUUACUCAGGAAUUCCGAUAUCUGUCACAGACUCAUACCAAUCACGAAGAUAAAUUACAGGUGAAGAAUGUUAUCUACCAUGCAGUGAAAGAUGCAGUUGCUAUGCUGAAAGCCAGUGAAUCCAGUUUUGGCAAACCUUAAUCUCCCUGCACAUUGGAAAUGAAUUACAGGCAGCUGUUCAAACUCUUCAGGCAGGAUUCCUGUGGACUUUGAGAUUCAUGUUACCUCAUCUUCUUUUUUAAACUGUACCCACCUUGUGAGGGUACUCUGUCUAAUGUAUAUUUCUAGUGUUUACAGACAGUAAAUGUGUAUAUGUAGUAACUAUUUACAGAACAUGCAUCCUUAAACUGUGACUUCUCACCUAGUGCAGAACUUUUACCAGGCUGUAAAAGCAAAACCUCGUAUCAGCUCUGGAACAAUACCUGCAGUUAUUCUUCAGCUGUUUGGACAACUUAGAUUGGGUUUAUAACUAUUAGGAAUCACUGCACAGUUUAUUUGGGUUGUGUUUUGUGUCUGAGUCCCCUCCCUCAUCCCUUAGGGUCCAGAAGAGUAAUGGGGGAAGUGACAGCUAAUGUUGCAGUUCUUAUUGUAUGGCAUAGGACUGGCAUUAUAUAGCAGAAAUCAACUACUGUACAAUUUCUUGGGGUUAACCAUCUUUAGUUAAAUGGAAUUUUAAUUUAAAUGACGCUUUGCUAAUUUUAAGUGUUAAGCAUUUUGCAUUAAAAUAUUCAUAUAAUA